AUGAAUGUAUCAGAGGCAGCUGCAAGAAUCCUGAAACCAUUCGGGAUCGGUGUGGCUCAUAGGCCGGAAUCAACCAUCAGACAGCAGAUUAUGAAGCUCAAAGAACCGCUACCCGUGACAGAACAAUCAGCUGUGGCCUACAGUAUACCAUGCCGGGACUGCACUGUAAGGUGUGUCGGUGAAACGGGCAGACGCCUUGGCACAGGGUCGCAUGAGCAUCAGCUCGCAAUAAACCGCGAGGAUAAGCUUCCUUUGGUCUUUGACCACGUAAAGCAGAAGAAACACACAUUCGCCUUUGAAAAAGCAAGGGUAAUAAGCCGAGUCAACGACAAGAUGGCCAGAUUGCUGCUAGAAAGUCUUGUCCUCCUCUUCUCGGCCUGCAAUGCUGCAAAUGUGGUCGAAAUGCAAUGCUCCGAGUCAGAGUGCAUUCAGUAUCUACCCAAGGAGAAGGAGAUUCUUGCAAAGCUCAAACUCCCAUUUGAAGUGACCGUAUGUUCCUGCUCUGAACCAAAAGUCCGCGAGAAUGUGGAAUUCACGCUACCGUGGAAGAUUAAUAUUCCAACAACAGGACUAGUUUCACUGCCGGUUGUAUCGUACGUGCCUUUCGUCGUCUCAAACGUUGACGUUCAGUCUCUAGAUGGAGUUCGACUCCACCCUGCUAACAAAGCAACUCAGCUGGAAAGCUCCUGCGAAGAUGUCUGCUAUCAUACAGAAAAAGUGACGGCUGAUGUCACCUUCUUCGGAAAAGUGGAUUUUGUCGGACAGAGACAGGUCUUGUUUGUCGCGAAGAAUGCCACCCGGUUUAUGCUCGUCAAACUGAACUCUACUGGCAACAAAGUCUCCGCCUGCAAUUGCAUUGGCGUCAUCAGCGUCCUCCUUCUAAUAAAAAGUGUCGUCUAA